AUGCUACGGGCUCCUGCUCGACAAACUGCCACCGAGACGAUACAAACAUUGAGCAGCCGACUGCAGAGUGCUACCCUCCUCGAAGACAGACGCGCUGCAAUCCAAGGUCUCCGCAGUUUCGCCAAACUCUACCCUGCCUCAGUUGCCUCGGGCGGUCUUCGAGAUCUUGUGGCAUGUCUACGACGAGAUGCAGAUGACUUGGACACCAUCAAAAUCGUCUUGGAGACGCUGCUUGGUCUCUUCGACCCAGAUGCCAAUUCCGAUGAGGCGUCAGAGGAGAUUACGGUCUGGCUCGCCGAUGAGUUUGCCUUGAAACAGGAUAAUGUUACUGCGUUGUUGGACCUUCUCGAGAACCACGAACUGUACCCUAGGCUAUACUCGCUGCAGAUACUGGGCCAUGUCGCCGACGCUCGCCCAGAAAGGUCGCAGGAAGCAGUCUUCGCAGCUCCGUUAGGCGUGUCUCGAAUCGUGUCGAUACUCGACGAUAAAAGGGAAAUGGUUCGAAACGAGGCUCUCCUGUUACUCGUCAAGCUCACUCCCACGUCGGGAGAACUGCAGAAGGUUGUUGCCUUCGAAGACGCCUUCGGGCGAAUAUUUGCCAUUAUUGAGGCCGAAGGUGGACUUACCCAUGGAGCCACGAUUGAUGCUGUGGCAGAAGAGGAGAGUGCCGAAGGCGUCACAGACUGGCUGAAGCCACAGCGGGACGUCAAUGUCUGGGGUAUUCUGACAGUCAUUCAGAUGUUCGUUCCCAAAGGCGCACCCGGAACUGGUCUGAAUCAGCAGACAUUCUGGCAGAGCGGCAUAUUGACUCGCAUGCUGAAAUUGGCUUUCCACGACUCUUUCAGCAUAAGCAUUCGGUCAAAAGCGCUCGAAACGUGCGGAGAUGUCAUUCGUUCAAACGCAGCACUACAGGAGCGCUUUGGUGAUCUACCUGUACAGCUCCUGUCCAAAACCCAGCCUCCGACCACCAAUGGGCAUACGACUCCGAAGCCAGGUGCAAAUGCUCGCGAGCCAACACCCAAGCCGAAACCGAAGCCGGUCUUCGACGACGUCAAUGUCAUUGAAGCUCUUCUCGAACUGGCACUCGAAGCAGCGCCGCUUUCCACGUUUGACGUCCGCUUAGCGGCUUGUAACUGUUUCAAAGCCUUCAUCGAGGGCCACAAUGGCAUUCGCAUGCAUGUCCUGCGACGAGCGAUCGAGGGUCAUCGCAGCGGCGACGAUGCGAUACCGAACAUUCUCACAGUGCUGCUAGAGCCGUCCUCGUCACGAAGCAACGCAGAUCCCUAUCAACAGUGGAUGGCAGCGGUCAUUCUGAUGCACUUGCUGUUUGACAAUCCUGAAACGAAGGCAGUGGCAUUGAAAGUGGCUGAAGGCGAUGCGGACAGUGGCGAGGAAGUAGUCACGUUUGUGCAGAGCAUAGCCUCCAAUGUCAUUGCUGGCGUGCAGCAUGUCGAGGACGAGCGAGCACUCCUAGGCUGCCUGAUGCUAUUGUGCACCUGGCUUUUCGAGGAUCCAGAUGCUGUCAAUGAUUUGCUUGGUGAAGGUACGAAUGUCCAAGGUCUCAUUGCUGCCAUCAAAGUCUCGAAUAACACCAUGCCCUUGGUGUCGAGUCUGUGCUCAUUACUAAUCGGCAUUGUUUAUGAAUUCUCGAGCAAAGACUCUCCUGUCCCUCGAAAAGCCCUUCAUAGCCUACUGACGGGCAGCUUGGGCCGGGAGACGUAUGUCGAUAGGAUGACAAGACUGCGUGAAAACCCUCUGGUUCGGGAUUACGAGGUUCUGCCUCAGACAGGCAACGGCGGUUUACCGGACGUCUUCUUCGACAAGGCAUUCAUCGACUUCCUGAAGGACAACUUCAGUCGCCUGUUGCGAGCGAUUGACCGAGACCCCGGAUUCGAAGUAUCAGUCAUGAGCAAUGGUGUUCAGAAAGGGGUUUCACGAGACUUGGUCGACGGUCUUCGAGCGAAUCUCGAAGAACACAAGCGGCUUCUCGAGAUCGCGAACGCCGAACUGCUUCAGGCUCAACGAAAGCUGGAAGACGAAGGACUGGAACACCGUCGGACACGUGAGUCAACUACGGUCGAGCUGAAUCGCAUCAAGCAGAUCAACCAGAGCCUGCAAUCAGGACACGAAGAUGAGCUCAAUCAAAUGCGGGCAGAACACGGACGGGAAAUGAGCAAUUUGAAGAGAAGCCACGACGAAGACCUGAACAAACGGCGAAUCGACACGUCUGCAGCUAUGGACGCCGCACAAAGGCAGCGAGAUCAAGAACGCGAGAAGGCUGCUCAGCAGAUCAAGGCUUUCGAGCAGCAGAAUAGUCAAGCCAGGGAAAAGCUUGCCAAAGAACACGAACGCGCUCUUGAGAAUGCCGCUGAAGUCCGCGAGAAGCUGAUCGUCGAGCAUGCUACAGAAAUUAAUGGGCUUCAGACCAGAUUGAAGGAGGCAAGAGGUGCCAACGAGGCAGAGCUUGAUGACCUGAAGCAACAAGUGGAAUCCCUGCGGAAGCAGCUUGACAAGGCCGGACAAGACCACGUGCAAGAUCUCCAGACUGCGAAUGAGGAGUACCAGACAAAGACGUCCAACCUCAAAGCACAGCUCAAGCGGGCGGAGAUUCGCGAGAAAGAAGCAAUAGCAGAGACGGAGACUCUCACCAAGAAGCUGGAAGAAGCCGAGAGCUCACGCAAGGAUGUGCAGACGGAACUGGACGAUCUGCUUGUUGUAUUCGGCGACCUCGAAGCGAAAAGGGCGGCGGAUAAGGCCAAGCUCAAGGAGCUGGGACAAGGAGUCUCGGAUGACGAGGACGAGGAAGACGGAGACGACGAUGACGAUGCGGGUGACGGCGAAGGAGGACCACCCUUCGCGACAGGUCUCCCUCACUAUGGCCACCUGCUCGCAUCCACCAUCAAAGACAUCAUCCCACGCUACUGGUCAAGCAAAGGCUACUAUGUCGAGCGGCGCUUCGGAUGGGACACGCAUGGCCUGCCGAUCGAGUAUGAGAUUGACAAGAAGUUCAACAUCUCCGGCCCAGCGGCGGUCAGAGAGAUGGGAAUAGCACAGUACAACAAGGAAUGUAAAGCCAUUGUCAUGAGGUUCGCGUCCGAGUGGAAGACCACCAUCGACCGCCUCGGUCGCUGGAUCGACUUCGAAAAUGACUAUAAGACCAUGAACCCGACCUUCAUGGAGUCGGUGUGGUGGGUCUUCAAGCAGUUGUUUGACAAGGGUCAGGUCUAUCGCAGCUAUCGCGUCAUGCCAUUCUCAACCGCUCUGAGUACACCACUGAGCCAACACGAGGCGCAGUCGAACUACAAAGACGUCCAAGAUCCCGCGGUCGUGGUUUCGUUUCCACUGGUCGAGGAUCCAAAGACGAGUUUUCUGGCGUGGACGACGACGCCCUGGACGCUGCCGUCAAAUGUUGCAUUGGCUGUGCAUCCCGAGUUCGAGUACAUCAAGUUCGUGGACCUGGCCACAGGCAACCAGUACAUUAUGGUCGAGGAGUUGCUCGGCACCCUGUACAAGGAUCCUAAGAAGGCAAAAUUCACCAUACUAGAACGCAUCAAAGGCGCAGAGCUCAAGGGCAAGAAGUACGAGCCAUUGUUUCCCUACUUCUACGAUCAGUUCAAGGAUCAUGGUUUCAAGGUCCUGACCGCAACAUAUGUCACCAAGACCGACGGUACCGGCAUUGUCCACCAAGCUCCAUCAUUCGGUGAAGACGAUUAUCGAGUAGGCCAGGAGCACGGUGUCAUCAAUGCCGACCGUCUACCACCCAAUCCCGUUGACGAGACCGGCAAGUUCACCAAAGAGGUCGCCGACUUUGUAGGUCAACAUGUCAAGGAUGCGGACAAAAACAUCAUCAAACAUCUCAAAGGCACCGGCCGUAUGAUCAAAGAUGGCCAGCUGUUCCAUUCGUAUCCCUUCUGCUGGCGAUCGGAUACGCCACUCAUCUACCGAGCCAUCUCAGUCGCACUGGUCCCUGGCUUCGUCAAGGAGAAACGGUUCGGUGACUGGAUCAAGAACGCUCGAGACUGGAACAUCUCACGGAAUCGAUAUUGGGGCACGCCAAUACCGUUAUGGGCCAACGAGGACUACUCGGAGAUUCAACCCAUCACUGAUCUUCAUCGAGACACCGUCGACGAAAUCACUAUUCCUUCCAAGAAGAAUCCAUCCGGUCCUCCUCUAAGACGUAUCGAGGAGGUCUUCGACUGCUGGUUCGAGUCAGGAUCUAUGCCAUACGCACAAUCACAUUACCCUUUCGAAGACAAGGACUCCUUUCCAGACCGAUUUCCCGGAGACUUCAUCGCAGAAGGCCUCGACCAGACGCGAGGCUGGUUCUACACACUUGUCAUCCUCGGCAUCCACCUGUUUGGCAAGCUUCCCUUCAAGAACUGUGUCGUCAAUGGUAUCGUUCUAGCCGAAGACGGCAAGAAGAUGUCGAAGCGCUUGAAGAACUAUCCCGACCCCAUGGAGGUCAUCGAAAAAUACGGCGCCGAUGCCCUUCGCCUGUACAUGAUCAAUUCGCCCGUCGUACGAGCAGAAACACUGCGCUUCAAAGAAGCCGGCGUAAAAGAGAUCGUCACAAAAGUUCUGUUGCCAUUAUGGAACUCCUACAAAUUCUUCGAAGGCCAAGUUGAGCUCCUCAAGAAACUCGAGAACCACGAUUUUGUCUGGAACCCCAAUUCCGAAGAGACCAACUCGAAUGUUAUGGACAAAUGGAUCCUCGCCUCGAUGCAGUCCCUCCUGAAAUACAUCAACGAAGAAAUGGCUGGCUACCGGCUCUACACAGUCGUCCCGGGUCUCCUCAAACUCAUCGACGACACCACCAAUUGGUACAUCCGCUUCAAUCGAAAGCGGCUCAAGGGUGAGCUCGGCAAAGAAGACACUCUGCAUGCGCUGAACACCCUCUUCGACGUUCUCUUCACACUCGUCCGCGGUCUCGCACCCUUCACACCCUUCAUCGCCGAUCUGAUCUACAGCAAACUACUCCCCUACAUACCAAAAUCAGCCUACUCCUCAAAAGACAUGCGAUCAGUGCACUUCCUCCCCUUCCCAGAAGUCCGCGAGUCUCUCUUCGACGAAGCCGUCGAGCGACGUGUCGCACGCAUGCAGAAGGUCAUCGAACUCGCCCGCCAAUCACGCGACCGAGUCGCCAUCGGCCUCAAAACACCACUCAAGACCCUUGUCGUCAUUCACACUGAUCCUCAAUACCUCGACGACAUCCGUAGCCUGGAAGGAUACAUCACCGAAGAGCUCAACAUCCGCGACCUCGUCCUCAGCGCCGACGAAGACAAGUACAAUGUCCAGUAUUCCGUGUCCGCUGACUGGCCUGUGCUCGGAAAGAAACUGAAAAAGGAUGUGCAGAAAGUGAAGAAAGCCCUUCCAGACCUCUCGUCCGCGGACUGCAAGAAGUAUCUUGCUGAUGGCAAAACCUCUGUGGCGGGCAUCGAGCUCGUAGAAGGCGACCUCGUCGUGAAACGCGCGCUCAAGGAGUCAGAAGACUCAAAAGCUCAACUUCCGAACUCAGACAAUGACGUCCUGACUAUCCUCGACACAGCCAUCUAUCCUGAGCUCGCGCAAGAAGCACUGGCACGAGAGAUCGUGCGGCGGGUGAACGAUGUGCGGAAGAAGGCCGGGUUGAAGCCGACGGACGAUGUCAAGAUGGAGUACAGAGUCAAAGAAGAUCCCGAGGGGACGGGGAUCGAGAAGGCGUUCGAGGAGCAGGCGGCCUUCAUCGAGAAGGCGUUGAGGCGGCCGGUGGAUAAGCAUGUGGUGACGGAUCUGGAGCCUGAGCCGGGCAAGGAGGAGAUGGCGAAGGAGAGUGUGAUAAUGGAGGUGGAUCAGGAGGUUAAUCGGGCGGUGUUUGCGCUGAGACUAGUGAGGCUCUGA